AUGUACAAGGAAUCGAAGUAUUGGAAAUGYAUAGAUAUGAAAUGUAAGGGUCGAUUAACAACUACAAGUKAUAAUAUAAUUAAAAAAGAGCCUUCAGAGCAUAACCACGUUCCAGAUAUAUGCAAACUAGAAGUAAAAAAAGAAGUCGAGAGAAUGAAAUUCCAAGCACUAUCGUCACAAGAUAACUCUCAACAAAUAAUCGCUUCAUCACAAUUAAAUCCAGUGAUAUCAGGUGCAUUACCCGAAAUAUCUAAUUUWAAACACACGUUAAGAAGAGUACGCCAACGURAUGAUUGUGCACCGCCGAAUCCUCAGUCACUUUUUAACCUCCAAAUACCCGAAAGGUAUACUUUAACUAAAGAUGGAAGGCAAUUCAUGCAGUACGAUAGCGGCCCAUCAGAUGAACGUAUUUUAAUAUUUUUUACAAAAGAGAAUCUAGAAUUAAUGGAAAAAUAUAAUAAUUGGUUCGUUGAUGGUACAUUUAAGUGCACUCCGACACUUUUCACUCAAAUUUACACAAUACACGUAUUAACAACAAAUUCGUUGAUACCAACUGUUUACKCUUUAUUACCAAACAAAUCACAAAAAACAUAUGUACACCUCCUUAAACAAUUAAAAACAAUUAAAUCAACUUUAUCGCCAACAUCAAUUAUGUCAGAUUUUGAAAUGGCAUCAAUUAAUGCAUUUAAAGAAGUAUUUCCUAAUGUAAAACAAAAAGGAUGCCAUUUCCAUUUUUCCCAAUGUAUAGGCGUAAAAUACAACAAAUUCAAUAUAUGGCCCAAAAAUAUAUAUCAGAUUCGACAUUUUCAAUACAGAUACGGCUCUUAUUAG